GAAGGAGGAUUUUGAAGUCAGUGGUGGUGUUUUUCAGAAUUGAUGAAUUGAAGGAGAUGAUGAGAAGAUAAAGGAUGAACUAUUUUAAGUUUCUACUACUGGUGCUAGUGGUGACAGUUACUAAGAAGGCUGACCCCAAGGUGCUGGCUAACAAAGCUUCCAAGGCUGUCAAAGCUGGAGCAUCAACCAUUAAGAAGAAGGCUAAGAAUAUCUGCACAUCAGUCAUAUUUCACAGGCCAAAGACAUUGCAGAAGGCAAGGAAUCCCAAGUACCAAUAUAUUAGUGCACUACCAAGGAACAAGCUGGACCAUUACCAGAUCCUGAAAUACCCACUCACCACCGAGUCCGCAAUGAAGAAGAUUGAAGACAACAAGAAGAAGAAAACAAGGAUGCUUUCAAGAAGAUGUACAACAUCCAGACAGAUAAAGUGGACACCGUUAUCAAGUUUUAGAUAACUUCAUAAAAGCUAAUUGCUUAAACGUGGUAAUGGUCUCGC